ACCCGCUUCACACGCUCAGUUGCCUUCGCGACACCAGCACAGUACCACGCGAACAUGACGGGCGCAGACAUUUGUUUACUUGUUUUAUUAGUACUUCAAGUUAAAGGGGCUCCGGAUCCCCAGUUAGACUUACCACCGAUACCCCAAGUUUCGACGCAGAGGAAUUUUGGAUACGGUCUUCUGUCCAGCACACCAAAUAAUUUCCAGUAUAGUACCCCUCGACCUGUUUCGAGCACUCCAGGAGUAUACCCAGUUUCUUCCACCCCUUUUAAUACGGGGAUUAGUCCUGAUAUUAAUAAUAAUGGAUAUCCAAGCUUGGAUUAUGGGAAUAGAAGGAAUCCAAGUUCAACUGGACGACCUUACGACAAUGAUGAUAGAAUAGAUGUUAACAAUGACCCAAAUUUUAGAAGAAACGAUCCCGGCUUCGCUAGGAAUGAUCCUAAUUAUCUUGGAGCGAAUCCUUACGAUAUAAGAGGGAACGGGAUAGAUGAUAGAUUGGAAAGGGUGAAUAUACAGCAAGUGAGGGAGUUUCUCGCUCAGGCGGACGAGCAGGCUUCGAAGGAGUGCACUAAUAAUGUGGCUGCCCAGUGGAACUUUGAGACUGAAGUUACUGAUGCUACUCAACAUGCUGCGUUGGACGCUCAGCAGCGCUACACCCUCUUCCAGCGAGGCCUCUGGGAGACGGCCCAGCAAAUACCAAAAGGGGGUAUCAGAGAUCUCCCCACAUACAGGCAGUUGCGCCUGCUGUCUAUUAUAGGACCUGCAGCGCUGCCCCCGGAUCAACUUGACAGGUACAACCGCCUCAUCAACGACAUGCUGGCGGUCUACAACAACGCCGAAAUCUGCGCGUACAACGAGCCCUUCAAAUGCGGACUACAUCUCCAACCAGAACUGCAGCACAUCAUGUCACACUCGAGGGAUUGGGACGAGCUGCAACAUGUCUGGACAGAGUGGAGAAGAAACACUGGAAGGAGGAUUAGAGAUCUUUAUGAACAGCUGGUUGAGCUGACGAAUCAAGCUGCGAGACUUAACAAUUUUACUGAUGCCUCGGCUUACUGGAUGUUCCCUUACGAGUCCCAGAACAUGAGACAGGAAGUCGAUGAAGUUUGGGAACAGAUCAAACCCCUUUACGAAGUCCUCCACGCCUACGUCCGCCGCCGCCUCCGCGAGGCAUAUGGCCCUGAACGAAUCUCCCGUUCGGCUCCUAUCCCAGCGCACAUUCUUGGAGACAUGUGGGGACAGAGCUGGGCUGGCAUCGUUCCUUUCACACUACCUUACCCGGGAAAGAACCUCCUUGAUGUUACAGCUGAGAUGAACCAACAGGGCUACACUCCAAUAACGAUGUUCCAACUGGCCGAAGAGUUCUUCGUCUCCAUGAACAUGUCCGCCAUGCCAUCAGACUUCUGGCCCUUGAGCGUGAUCGAGCAGCCCCCAGAUCGUCACAUUCACUGUCAGCCUUCUGCUUGGGACUUCUGCAACAGACACGAUUAUCGCAUAAAAAUGUGCACCCACGUGGACAUGAAGGACCUGAUCACCGCCCACCACGAGAUGGCGCAUAUCCAGUACUUCCUGGCCUACAGGAACCAGCCGAAGGUGUUCAGAGACGGGGCUAACCCAGGUUUCCACGAGGCCAUAGGCGAAGCCAUCGCCCUCUCGGUCUCAUCCCCCCGCCACCUCCAAACCUUAGGCCUCGUCCAACGCUCCGUGGCCGACACGGCCCAUGACACUAAUUAUCUUUUCACGCAAGCAAUGGACAAGCUAGCAUUCCUGCCGUUUGCGUUGUCGAUGGAUAGAUGGCGCUGGGAUGUGUUCACGGGCGACGUCCGGAAGGAGCAAUAUAACUGCCAUUGGUGGAGACUAAGGGAGCAGUACCAGGGCAUCAAGCCGCCAGUUCUCCGCUCCGAGCUGGACUUCGACCCUGGUUCCAAGUAUCACAUCCCCGCCAACAUUCCGUACAUCAGGUAA